CUCGAUCAUCAUGGUGAUUGGCAACACUGCUAGGGCUUGACGAAGCUGUGAAGCCUCCCAGGGCUUAGGUCGUCCCGCAAUUCGUCUGGGGCUAUCUUUCCCACAGGCAUCAAGGCAAGUAAUCGAGGUUGGAUUGUCCGGGACAGUAAGGAGUGGACGCGAUGUUCAAGCGCAUAUUUGGACAAGGCUCGGGGGGUGGGGGCGGAGUCGGUCCCAAGCCCUCCGUCACUUCCACAGUUCGCACAGUGGACGCAAUCCAGAAGCUGGGAGAAACGGAAGAGCUCCUGGUUAAGCGGCGGUCUCUGCUUGAAAAGAAGAUUGCUCAGGAACUGGAGAAGGCAAAGGAAUACACCAAGGCCCAGAACAAGCGCGCUGCCUUGAUGGCCUUGAAAAAGAAGAAGAUGUACGAGACGCAGCUAGAGCAGUGCGAGAACAACAUUCUGCGCGUCAACGAGCAGCAGAUGAUGCUCGAGAACCAGCGCACCACUGUGGAGACAGUCACAGCGCUGCGCGACGCAGCACAGGCCAGCAAAUCCACCAUGUCCGAGAUGAAGAUCACCGACGUGGAUGCGGUGCUGGAUGAGAUCAAUGAGCAGACGGACCAGAUGCAGCAGAUUCAGGACGCCAUGGCGCAGCCCAUUGGCCCGGCCGCAGACAUGGACGAGGACGAGCUGCUCGGCGAGCUGGAGAACCUGGAGUCGGAGCAGUUGGACAACCAGCUGCUGGAGCCGGCGCCGGUGCCGACGGCGCGGCCUGCGCAGGCGGCGCGCCCGCAGGCGGCGAGCGCGAUGCCGAACGUGCCCCAGGGCCGCCCCGCGCAGGCGGCCAAGCCGGCCAAGACCCAGGAGGAGCUCGAGCUGGAGGCCCUGGAGCAGGAGAUGGCAGUCUGACCUGCGCGGUCGCCCCCCACUACUCGGAUUUGUAUAUUGCAAUGCUCCGCUCCGCUGGAAGUAGCUCGAUGAAUAGUGCUGUCGACUGUGGCGUCUUGAUGUGAGGGUGUUGUGCGCCCUGGAGAUUUGGCAAAGACCUCUGGGACUGUCGUGUGGAGGUCUGGGCGACAGAGCGCCCUUUUUGUGCUGUGUGGGCGUGGACGACAAUACAGAAGCCGCCUGAUGAUAUUUGUGAUGAUGCCCCACCCAGGCAAGCCGGCCCUUUUCUGUCAUGUGAGGGAAAUUUCAGCAGCGAAGGACUUCUUGGGGGUCUUGUAAAUUAGCUGGCCUGUGUAAAACUAGCAUCUCUUCCUG